UUGUACUCACAUUUGACAAUCUGAGAGGGUUUUAGUCGCAAGAAAAUGAUUGACAAAUUCAAGCUAGGUUCGGGUUUAAUCCGAUACAUACGUGGUGUCCCUCCGGUACCAUCAAAACCCAAAUUCAAGUAUAUCAAACCAUCGACUGCGACCUCGGCGACUGAACAUCAACUGACAACGCCUCCAAAGGAUCACUACGCUGUUCUGGGGGUGAACCGAUCUGCAAGUUAUCGUGAAAUCAAGCAAGCCUAUUACAAAAUGGCGAAAGCAUUCCAUCCGGACACUCAGCGCACGGGUGUCGGGAGUCGAGCGCUUAUAGACGAGGCUAAAUUCAAAGAAAUAACCGAAGCCUAUGAGGCUCUCAUGAAUGAGCACAAAAAAGGCGACAGUGUGAUCGCACUCAAUCCGGAAAUGUACAAGAUUGUUACCCGCGACCGUCGUCAGUCUAUGGUCUCAAGCUGGAACGCAGUGAACGAGCUGAAUUACGAGGACGUCAUCCUCAGCAUUCCGUUCAAGGAAGCUGCUGAAGGAGGCAGACGCGAAGUCAAACUUCCCAUCGGAACGAGAUGUGACCAGUGCUCCGUAUGGGGUACCUUUCCACCGGUGGAUAAAGAGGGCUGCUGCAAGGUUUGUCAGGGAACUGGCAAGCAAACGCUACACACCGAAAAUGGAACACUUUGGAUGACCUGCAAGUUUUGCAAAGGAGCAAGAAACACGCCUCACAAGGUGGUGUGUCCCAAGUGUCACGGCAGAGGAAUUAUUAUCAAAACACAUCCAGUGAUGAUAUGUAUACCGAAAGGGUCCAAAAACAAAGAUGUUAUCAGUGCCAGGAUUUCAGGCCACCAACGGUCGGUUAAUAUUAUUUUGAACAUACAAGACAUCGAUCGUUUCCAGAUGGAGGGACUGAAUGUUCACACAACAGAGGAGAUCUCGUUCACACAAGCCGUACUGGGUGCGAAUAUUUCCAUCAAAGGAAUAAAUGGAAUUUACAAUGUUCACAUACCACCUGGGACACAACCUGGCAGUGAAAUUCGUAUUCCGGGCAAGGGCGUGUGGGAUGCUGUAACGCAACAACGAGGUCAGCACAUACUCAAGAUAAAAAUUCGCAUUCCAACCUUGGAAACGACCCGCCAAAGACAUUUGCUGAAAGAGUUGGAAGCGACAUUUGAGAACAUCAAAAAUGCUUGAACCUUUAGGAACGUCAUGUUGUUUAUUUUUUUCAAAAUUGGCACUAUAAUGAAACUUUGGAACAGAUAUAAAAUUGUCCUUCUGAAUUCA